GCCGCCGUCAUCGUCGUCGUCGUCGAUGUCGUUUCGUUGUCUUCUCGUCAUCGUUACUACUCCUACUGUCUAGUUGAGCGGCGCGCGCCAGCGAAGCGUGUGGCCGUUCACGUUCGAUUUUUCUACGGCCGAGCAAGAGAGAAGGAGCUAUUGGAGGAGGACGACAACGGCACUUGCAACGAGUGCAACACAAGUUUAAGGUUGCAUCUCGGCUAGAUAAAUACAAUGGCGAGCACCUCCGAGAAGACAUCUGCAGCUAAACGUGCUGUGGAUAAGGCUGCGCGCAAAGCUGAAAAGAAGCUACAGCAGCAGCAACAACAACAGCAGCAGCAACAGGAGGCUCAACAGCAGGCUAACAGUAGAACCGAGGGCGGCAAAGUUGCACAUGAAGAACAAAUCCUCGAGGCCAUCGAUCAGCUUCGCCGGCGGAAAGCUCGUCCAGACGCUGACCGUAUCUGCAAUUAUUUACUGCGAAAAUUCUCAGUGGAUGCACGUGAUACCAUCGCUGAUCUCCACCGACUCAUCGAGGCUGAAAAAGUAAUACAGGUAGACUAUAAGGGCAACACCAGCUACAGAAAUGCCUCAAAAUGGACGAGAUUACAAUUAUAUAAAAAUAGGCCCGAGGGCUUCGUUAAGGAGAAGAUCAAUUCCAACAUGGUAGCAGGCGCCGUAGCUGAAUUAGUUGUCGAAGAGCCGGAUUAUCUCGAUCAGGGUGUACCAGCUUUCAGGUUAAUUGAGCAGUUACUAGAUGGAGUUUCAAAUCCAACUUCUCGUCGAAUGGUUGAAGAUUUCUUAGGCAAGGAAGUUGCUAGUGGUAAUCUGGCAAGACUAUCCAAUGGCAAUUACUCACUUGUUGAUGGUAGCAAUAUGGGCAGCAAUGGGGCUGUUGCAUCUCAGCAUAAUGGUGAUAUCGUUUCUAAAAUAAAAGGUUCUAGUACAACAACAACAACAACAACAACAACAACAACAACAACAACAACUUCUUUUAAAGCAGCCAGCAAUCCAUAUGAUUUAAAUGAAUUUGAGGAGUUUGCAGAAGAACAUGAUUCUAGUUCAAAUGUAGUCAAGUCAUCUAGGCAAACUAGUCCAAAAACAGAUUUAGAACCUAUGAAGAAAGAAGAUUGUUAUGAAAUUAUUGUUGGAAGAAGGCAAAUAAAUGAUGAUGAAAAAAAUCAGUCCAAGGAUAAUGGAAAACUUGAUAAUGGAUGUCGAAAAGAAGAUAAUGUUAAACACAAUGGAAGGACAUUAAGUUCUCCAAAUAUAGAAAAAGAAUUUAAAAAUACAACAGAUGCACAAUCUAAUCAUAAGAAGUCUAAAACUGAGAGAAAGCAGAGGCUGUGUGUGAGAAGUGACGAUUCAACAGAUUUAAUUUUUAAAUAUGAAGAUUAUAGGAAAGAAACUAAUUAUAAAGAUGAGUCAGAUAAAAGGGAUGAUGGGAAUGAUAGACUUAGUGAAGAUGGAGAUGGAGAUCAGGAUGCUGGUAGAAGUUCGACAAAUCCUUCACCCACUCCAUCUAAUAAUAACGCUGGAAGUUUUCGAAGUGCUAGAAGAAAAAGAGCAAAGAAAGUAUUUGAUCCAUCAGAUAACAUGGUUGUAAAAAGAAAACGAGGAAGACAUGCGAAUAUUACAAAAACAUCAUCUAAUUCACAGCAAGAUUUACAAGAUUCUAUUAAACCUAUUGCUGUAAAAGAAAGUCCUAAAGAUCCUAAUAGACAUUGUAGUUUGUGUUCUAAGGAUAAGCAGGAAUCUCUUAUAGCAUGCCGCGAUUGCACCGUAAGAGCACAUCCAUCUUGUAUAUAUACUGCAGACGAAAUUGUUCAUAAAACGCAUACAAGCUGGCAAUGUGAGCGUUGUAAAACUUGUGUAGUUUGCUAUGAAACUUCAGACGCGGGUCCUUUGGUGACUUGCUACAGUUGUGAUGAUGCUUAUCAUUAUUCGUGUCUCUCUCCUCGUAUUCCUAUUUCAAAAACUAAAUGGUAUUGCAAUGAUUGUAAUCAAAAACAAUUUAAAUCAACUAACCAGAACUCAAAUUCUAAUUGGACUAAUAAUUCUUCUGAACAACAAUCAAAUAGUAUUUCAAUAUUACCACCAGUUUUAAGCCCGCAAGUUUCACCCAUUAGAAACAUGCCAGAGCAUAUAGAUGAUGAUACUUUAAGAGAUGUUAUAGAUCCAAAUAUACCAGAUGCAUCUGAUUGGACUUCAGAACAAGUUUAUCAAUACUUUGCUAGAUUGUUUCCAAAAGAAGCAGAAAUAUUCAGGCAUCAGGAGAUCGAUGGACAUUCAUUAUUACUUCUGAAACGAUCCGAUGUACUUGGGGGCUUAGAUUUACUUCUAGGUCCAGCUUUAAAAAUUUAUCGACAUGUGUUAAAAUUACAAGUUCGAAGAGAUGAUCCUCGGCUUUAUUGGCUUUAGAAUUGGAUUACCUAUAUAUAUAUUGCUAUGUCACCUGGUUAUAAUUGUGAUUUUUUCAUUGACAAUGAUGUUAAUUAAGUUUGAUUUAUACUGUUCCCAUUAUUUUAAUUAAUACUCUUAAAACGAAGGUAUUAAGCGUGUACAUAUUAAACCAAAUAAUUUAAAAUUUUUUUAUAGUAUUAAGAAGUAUUCAAAAUUAUGUUUGAAAUAAAUAGUACUCCAAAGAUAUUUGCUCUUUUAUAUCUUGUUGAAAUAAUCA